GCUGAAGAGUGGCUUCGGCAACUGCAAGGUGUCCGACUGAACCCGGACGCGACGACCUACAAUCAGUACACUACUUGGCUCAUUCGUGGUUGCGCCCCGGACAUUCAGGGCGCCAGCGGGUGGUUUGAGGAGAUGCAGCUGCAGAAGCUUGAGCCGGAUGCAGUGCAAAAGGCUGCGCAGACUGCCAUGGGGCAUGGCCGAAGCUUUUUUCCCGCAAUCUGGUUGCUACCCGCAUGUCCUUCUAGAGGCGAUGGCACCAAGCCAUAUCUGGAUGCAAGAUGGCUGCGGCAUGCCGCAAUGAGCUUCACGCACUUGUACGACAUGCCAGCGAGCUCUGAAGAUGUUCUAUUGUGGCGAAAGUCUUGCGAUGGCUCCGAUUGCGAAUACUACAGUGUGGGGAACGGCUACUGCUUGAUGAGGACUUCCGACCACCAAGAGAUGCAGCGUUUGCAGCUGAUAGAGCAAGAAGAAGUUGCGAGGCUACAGAAGAGUGGCAUCCGGCUAGACCCGAACUCGGACUCGGGACAUGCCCCUGAUCCACCUGUAUGGCUCAUCCCAUCCAACUGCCGAGUUCGGAGUUUGGGCCCGAUGCCACCUCAAAUAUGGCAAGACCGUCAAAACAGGACACUUCCUUCCGAUGCGUGGCCGGUGGAAGUGCAGCUGUCCCACUGCCCAAAACGGGUUCCCGUGGCAAUCCUUACAAUACCUAAAUGUGGGACUACCUCAACCAUCAAUUGGGCCUUGCAAAUGGAAGGCGAGGAGGAUCUUGAUUCGCUGGUGCAGGGAGCCAGCCUGUUUUUGAAAUACAAGGGUCCUGGAGAGUUUUCCGACUCCUUCAUAAUUCCUGAGUUGCAGCGGGCAGCCGCUGCUGGAGCCAUCCCGACUGAAAAACUGGCUGGCUCAGCAUGGAGCUCGAACAUGAUGUACCGAGCCAUCCACAGAUACAAACCGGGUGGCGAAAAUUAUGACAAAUCAAUGGCUGUGGAAAGGGAGUUCGUUCCUCCGGCGCACCUUUGCCCGUUUUGCUGCUUGUAUGGACAUGGCCGCCAACACGUUGUGAUGGGCAGGAAUCCAUUCGUCAGGAUGACGUCCUACUUUAAGUUCAGCUGGCUGAACAACAACGCGGUCUGGGGCGAGCAUAAAUGGACGAGAUGGGAAGGCUUCGGCGACUGGCUGUCGCUUGUGAUGGAAGCUCGCGGAUCCAUGCCCGGCGGUUUCGCCAACGGUCUCCAGUGGGCUCCGACCAUCAGGCAGUCCUGCCGCCAGAGUUCUACUCUGAUACCUGGCACAGCUCUUCAUCCUUUUCAUUGCGAGACCAAGUACUACUCGCUGUCAGCGGAAGACAUCUUCCACAUACGGCCCUUGAGUGACAUGGUGCACGACGAACGUUUCCUGGCCGGAUCUUCUUUCCUGGAGGACGUAGUGGUCUUACACCUGGAGACGCUGCAAGACGACAUUGAGUUGCUCCGCGACACGCUGUGCAGGAGGUUCUCUUUCUGCGCGGGGUUGCCGCCCUUUCCACAAGUCUUGCCCGGCAAGAACCUGCGGGACAGCAUGCGUGAAGGGGCGGUGAAAGAGCAUUGCAGCUUCAAGGAGAAGACGCUGGAGUGGCGGAACUGCACGGCUCCCGCAUGGAUCCAGCUGUGGACAGAGCACCUGCGACAGCAGAUGAUCUGGCACUACGGGGACGACUUCAAAUGGCUUGGGUAUUCCACAGACCCUGGCCAUUUGAUGCCAUUGAGCGCCGAGGAGAAAAAGCAGAGAAGUAGCUUGUACUCUGUUGAGUUGUUGAUUGCCAGUCUAUUCCCGCCUUGCUGCAGCACGGCUUUGUGCUUUGUUGUUGGCUGCCAGGCAGCACAGCCCAAGCUGGCGCAUCGCUGGCUCCGUGCUAUGGAGCGCAGAGGUCUGGAGCUGCGGCCCCGAACACACCAGGGACGGGGCCUGCACCAAGUUAAAAAUGCGAUGAUGCUAUGUGUCUGUUUGGACGUGUUUGAUUAG